AUGUAGAAGGGAACAUAAAAUGCUCCUAAAUCAAGUUUAUAGUAACAGACUAAACCAUAGAUGCCUAAACAUAAUAUGACAGUUGUUGAAUUAUAAACUCCGCAUAUGAAAAUUCCUGGUGUUUAAAAAUACUCUCAUGAUGAACUUAAAUUAAUGCUAGAAAAAGCAAAAUAAAAUCCUGCAGUUCAUGAAGGUUUUUACCUUAAAAUUUAAAAUUAUGACUUUUAAGUAGAUGAAUGGGAAUUAGAAACAGGUAAUUGUUAACCUCAUACUGAUGAAAGCAAAUUAAAUUUGAGACCUAAAACAGCAGUUACAGCUGAUCAAAGGAGAAUAGAGCUUGCAAAAAAAAGUUAAUAAGCUAGAUAAUAAAUGCAAGAAAAGUAUGAAAAAGAAUAAAAUCCUACUUUUAAAAGACCUACGACAGCAAAAGUAGUUUCAAAGAAAAAAAUAGAUUCUGCAAAAGAAAGCAAAUAAUAAACAAAUAAUAUAAUUGAAAAUGAACCAGAAGUAAAUUCUGAGCACGAAGAUAAUUAAGAAGAAGAAUAAUAAGAGUAAGAGGACAAUUAAGAAAAUAAUUAAGAAAAUUAAGAAGAACCUGAAGAGUAGCAAAAUGCUGAAUAGUAAAAUGCUGAUGAAGAAGAUGAAAAAAAUGAUAUCAAAAGUAAAUAAACCUCAACAAGAUCAAUAGCUGAAAAUUCUAAAAAAUAAUAAACAUAGAAAUAAGUAAAAGAAAAAGCAAGUAGUAAAACUCAAAUUAAAAACUAAGAAAUAGACUAAUAAGAAGAAGAUAAUGAUGAUGAUGAAAAUAACAGUUAUAAAAUUUAAAAGAUAUCAAAAGAAAAGUAAAAAUAAAAUUAGAAAAAGAAUUUACUAAAGGAAGAUGAAAUGGAUGAUGAUUUUAAUGAAGAUGAUUUUAAUAAUUAAAUUGAAUAAUUUAGUAUCAGUUAAGCUUUCAAUCAAAGUAAUUAUUCUCAAAUGUCUAAAGGUAAAUAAAAGUAAUCUGUAAAACCUAAAGGUCCAUACAAAUCAGAUGUAGCAAAUAUGAUGAGUAGUAUGUUUUCAGAGAUAUCUGGUUUUGAAACUGACAUAUGA